ACUAGGAAAGAAAAAAAAAUGGUUAAACAGCAUCUCCAUUACAAUAAACAAAAUAAGCAAAUGCUGAUGAGAAAUCUCGUCAGCCAAUUAUUCCAUAAUGAGCAAAUUACGACCACUUUACCAAAAGCUAAGGAAGCACAGAAAUUCGCUGAUAGAUUAAUUACCAAGGGAAAGAACAACACAUCUAAAUCUGACUCACUCGCUAAUAGCUUUUUAAUUACUUCUUUAACGCAGGAUCCAUUUAAUAAGUUAAAAAACCAAUUAGUAGAUAGAUACAAAGAUAGACAAGGUGGUUAUACACGUUUACACCUUCUCGGUAACAGACAGGGCGAUAACGCACCAAGGGCAGUCUUAGAAUUGGUAGACAAUCCACGUGAUAUAAAGAGGGAAGUUCUUAUGAGAACGAUAGCAAGAGAAUCCCUUCUCAGGAAAACCAGCUGGUCACCAGAGAAAUCAAACAUCCUCCGUCAACUCACGCAAAUAAACUUAUCAAAAUCAUUGAGGUAUCUCUCACAAGAAGAAAAAGAUACUUUCCACCAAAAAGUUCUAGACAUACAGGAUAGAAUUCUUGCAGAAUCGCAACUUGGUCUCAGACGAUUCGAUUCAGACAGAAAACCACAAUCAAAUACACUCACAUGGCCAUCAAAGGGCAAAACGGUCUAUGCUGGUGAACGCACAUCUGGAAUGGCAAAAUCUGAAGGUUCUCCAAUUAGUUUAAGUAAAGGUGUUUUCAGAAAGAGCCGUAAAGGUCCAUCAAAUAAGCUUGUAUAGACAACAAACAUUUCCUUUAUUCUAGAUUUACA